AUGGUUGCUGAUGCUUUGGUUUACCACCCGACGGUGUCGCAUUAUUUGAAGUUUGUUGCGACGACUGUCGGGCGCGACAAGGUCCUCCGCACUCUCCAAUACUUCUCCCGCUUCCUCGCCUGGUACCUGUACCGCACCAACCGACCCGCUUCGGCCAUCGCCCCGUAUGAAGCGACCAAGAAGACCUUCGGCGCGACGCGCAAGUUGAUGCGCGUGGGCAAGUUCGUCGAGCACUUCCGCGCUGCGGCUGUAGCCAGCGAUGCCAAGAGCAUGGAUCCCAUAUUGAGGUUCACAGCCGUAGGAAGACAGUUGGGAUAUGCAUUCUACAUGCUCUGCGACAAUGCUUGUGUGCUCGACGCUACAUCCAUCCGCAAAUCCUCCUUCGCCCCGCGUCUCCUCCGCGAAGGCUACCGCGCCUGGUUCGCCGGCAUCUCCUUCUCCAUCGCCUCGGGCCUCUACCAAUACUACAACCUGCUCCAGCACUCCAAGACCAUCACUCAGUCCUCGGACCCGGAGAAGGUGGUUGAGACGAAGAAGUUGCAGAAGGAACUCAAUGCUGUUAAAGUGCAGUUGGUUAGCGAUCUUUGCGAUAUUACUAUUCCGAGCAGCGCGCUGGGUUGGGUUGAUUUGGAUGAUGGCAUUGUGGGCUUGGCGGGUACGACGAGUUCGCUGCUGGGGGUUUGGGGGCAGUGGAGGAAGACUGCUUAG